GAAAAAGAGAAUUCAAAGAAGAAGAAAAUCAAAAGCAUACCAUUGCAACGUUUGUUUUUCAAUAAAACAACUAACUAAUUGCCAUCGCAGCUUUCUUUUUUCUUUUUCUUUUUUUUUUUGCUGGUGAAGUUUAAUUAAUUAAUUCCUCCUAUGGUCAUCCCUUCAAACUCCAUCUCUACAAUUUUAAGAUAGAGAAAUAUAAAGUCAAAUAAUAAUAUUGUCGUGGGAGCCUCUCCAGGAGGAGGCUUAGUACAUUAUCUCCUGGAUUCAAAAGUCAUGCCAUUCAAAUAUAUUUAUCUACAUUUAAAUAUUCUAUUGUCUUUAUUAGGUUAGGAAGAAUUUGUUUAUUUAAUUUAAUUUUGCAACAUUACAUUAAAAAGAAGAAAAAAAAAAUGGGAGACAUUUCGCCAGAGAGAAAAUCGGGUUGUGGAUUGAUAACAUCAGUAUUUGGACGACACGGUAUAUGGUCACGCAAAUCAUCCUCUGCAGGUUCUUCUCCCAUAGCAAUACCAAACAACUCAAACGAUCCAAAACGACGUCGAAGUGGCUCUAAAGAUGUCGUUUACGUAGACGCACCUUCACACAAUGUCUCAAAUUCAUCAAAUAAUAAUAAUCCCCAAAGGAGACACCCCAAUGUAACAACAAUGACACGUGACACAUUACCAAAGGUUUCAAUUUCAGCUACUACUCAGGGGUAUGUUAAUCAAGGAAGGAGGGUGCCAAAAGAAGCAAUUGGUAUUUCUGGUGAACUAGAAAGCAUGAUUAAUGAUCACCAUAAAACCAAAGGAAAUAGUACUCUUGUUAGAGCUUCUUCUAGCAAUGUAAUGUUGUUUGGAAAUUUAGGUAACCUUAGACAAGGAGCAGAUAAUAAUAAUAAUAAUAAUAAUAGUUAUUCACGUACUGCAAUGGAUAAUAAUUUCAACCAUAAUGUUGCAAAAUCUACCAUCAAUUUCAACGAACAAUCCAACGGUUCACUUUGCAGGGCUUUAUCAACUAGAAUGGAUCCAGAGCAAUUGAAAAUAAUGGGGAAUGAGGAUUAUAAGAAUGGGAGAUUUGCAGAGGCAUUAGCUUUGUAUGAUGCAGCUAUUGCAAUUGAUCCUAAAAAGGCUUCUUAUAGAAGUAACAGAAGUGCUGCUUUAACUGCUCUUGGUAGGCUUCUUGAAGCUGUUUUUGAAUGCAGGGAAGCCAUUCGGAUUGAACCUCAUUACCAUAGAGCUCAUCUUCGUUUAGGAAAUUUGCACUUUAGAUUAGGAGAAACAGAUAAGGCACUUUACCAUUAUAAACAAGCAGGACCAGAGGUUGAUCCUGAUGAGGUUGCUAAAGUAAAGAUUCUUCAAUCUCAUUUAAAUAAGUGCACUGAGGCUCGUAGGUUAGGAGAUUGGAACAUGCUCGUUACUGACACUAACAAAGCUAUAUCAUCUGGUGCAGAUUCUGCCCCACAGAUAUUUUCAUUGCAAGCGGAAGCCUUGAUAAAACUCCGAAGGCAUCAAGAUGCGGACAACGUAAUGUCAAAGUGUCCUAAUUUUGAUGUUGACAAGUGUACCAAGUUUUUUGGACCAAUUGGUAGUGCCAAUUUGUUAGUCACACGUGCUCAAGUUGAUAUGGCUGCUGGCAGAUUUGAUGAAGCUUUAGAGGCAGCACAAAAAGCAGUUAGGCUAGACUCUAACAACAAGGUAGCAAACAAGGUAUUGAGAAAAGCUCAUGCUGUGACAGCUGCAAGAGCAAGGGGAAACGAGCUUUUCAAGGCAUCAAAAUUCUCGGAGGCUUGCAUUGUAUAUGGAGAAGGACUUGAGCAUGAUCCAUAUAACUCGGUUUUACUAUGUAACAGAGCUGCUUGUAGAUCAAAACUUGGUCAAUUAGAGAAAGCAGUGGAAGAUUGCACUGCUGCCCUUAAUUUACGUCCAUCUUACACAAAAGCAAGGUUGAGAAGGGCUGAUUGUAAUGCUAAGCUGGGAAGAUGGGAAGCUUCAAUAGGAGACUAUGAAAUGUUGUUAAAAGAGACACCAGGAGAUGAGGAAAUAAAUCAAGCAUUGUUGGAGGCCCAAGUACAGCUUAGGAAACAACGAGGUGGAUAAAUGACAUGACAAUAUAUAGUUACAAGUGAUCAAAGAUUGAUGAAGUCAUGAAGAUACAAAAGGAGUAAACACACACCACAAAGUGAUCAAUUCCUUGGAAAAGAAAAGUACAUUGUUCGGAGCCGAAAAAUGAAAUUCACUUCAGAAUAUUUCAGAUGGAAACACAAAGCACUAUUUGUUUUCAGGCUAAGAUGAAUUAAAGUCACAAAUUAUUAGUUAAUGUAUAAUAGAAAAUAGUGCUUGGUAUGUGUCUCAUUAACUCUUUUUGCUUUUCUUGUUUCUUUCGGGAGAAACUGUAUGAUUCCUAUUGUUUACAUGAAGGAAUUCAACUGUGUAUAUUACAUUUGUUCAUGAUAUCACUUGACAGAGGCUAUAGCCAAUUCUCAUUA